GCCAGUAUGUGAAGGCAGCUGAGAUUAGUCUCUCAGGAUCUUCUCUGGUCUCUGUCCUAAUCAUGGAUUUUUCUGUCUACCUCCUGACUCUGCUUUCUCUCCUCACUCAGUGCACAGCUCAGUGGUGUUACCAGAGUCAGUACUCCUGUGACGACACAUGUAGAGACCCUAGCCACUGGGCAGCUCAGUUUCCCAGCUGUGGAGGAUUACGCCAAUCACCGAUUAACAUUGUCACCAGCAAAGUGCACGUCAACAGCGCCCUGCCACCCUUCGACUUCAUCGGUCACACCCACACAAUCAACAUUACAGUGGAAAACAAAGGACACUCUGCUCACUUUGUUCUACCACAGUCGGUCCGACUGAUGGGAGGAGCUCUGCCCGGUCACUACAGAGCUGCCCAGUUUCACUUCCACUGGGGAAGUGAUGGAAGACCAGGAUCAGAGCACACCAUUGACGGAGAGAGGUUCCCCAUGGAGCUUCAUAUAGUCCACAUCAAGGAGCCGUAUGGUUCUUUAGCAGAGGCAGAACAUGAUAUGGCAGGUAUAGCUCUGCUUGCCUUCCUGUUUGAGGAAUCGACUGAUGAUCAUCCUCAUUUGGACGCAAUAAUAUCUGCUUUGGGCCGAGUACAAAACAAUGGCAGCAGCACAAUGAUCACAAACUUUCGACUCAGCGACCUUAUCCCGUCAUCCAAUGAGCUCCACAGUUACUACCGCUAUGUAGGCUCCAUGACAACUCCGGGAUGUGAACAGGCAGUUGCCUGGACAGUGUUUCACAGGACCCUGUCCAUCAGCAGUCGACAGCUGGGCGCAAUAGUGCAGCAGUGUCGAUUCUGGACGGGACAGCCUAUGACCGACAUCUUCAGACCCACGCAGCCUCUGGACGGCAGAGUUGUGUACCGGUCCAAGGCGAGUGCAGCUCUGAAGAGUGUGAUCCACUUGUGGUUCUGCGUUUUCUCAGCUGUGCUCGGGACAACGGGUCUGAUACAUUGACUCAGCACAUGAAAAAAAACACCUGAUUUAAGUGACAAAAGCUUUUUGAUUGAUUUGUAUAAAGGCAACUUUUCACCUGUGUGAGAGUGAAACAACAACCUGUUAAUUAUGUUCAUGGUUAUUCAUUAAACAAAAUGUUAACUGCAUUUGCACAUAAACUACGGCCUGCUGAAUAAUUGCUGUGACUGUGAGACAGUGGGAGUUAUUGUGCAAAGUGAAUGUUUUUCCUCUGUUGGUUUCUGGUAACAUCUUUACACAAUUACAUUUAACAUUCACACACAUUGUACAUUUAUUUAAAAAUACAAGGGAUGAAAAUGCAUGGCUGUAGUUAUGACAA